AUGGACGCCGUCGCACAAGCGGCGGCGUGUGGGAGCCGCUCCACACCUGAUCCGAACGCGCCGCCACUCUUGCAUCUGCCAUCUCCACCCUCAGCAUCGCCGGCAUUCGACGCUGGCCGCUCUUCGCCUCACCCUUCGACAGACGCGAAAGCUUUGGCACACAUCGACAGCGGGAUUAUAUUGCCCGGCCACUUCAGUGCAGCCUUUCUCGAUACCCCAGCAUUUUGGAACGGCUCGCGCACACAAUACCACGGAGACGAACCGCGACGCAAGGCUCGACAAGCGCGGAACAACAAGAAGUCGUUCAAGGGCUUCAACUCGCUGAGCGAGGCACGAGGGCAGGGCAGGAUGGCGUUUGAUCUGGAUGCGUGCAUUGCGACGCUGCUCAAGAAGCAGCUGCUGGGCGAGGCGCUGCUCAAGGAGAUCUGCGAAAAGACCAAGGAGAUUCUGAUGCGCGAGUCGAAUGUGGUACACAUUUCGGCGCCCGUCACGGUGGUAGGCGACAUCCACGGCCAGUUUUACGACUUGAUAGAGAUCUUCCGGAUCGGCGGCUACGCCCCGCAUACCAACUACCUGUUUUUGGGCGACUAUGUGGAUCGCGGGCUGUUUUCGGUGGAGACGAUAUCGCUGUUGACGUGUCUGAAGCUGCGGUAUCCGGAUCGGGUGCAGCUGAUUCGAGGCAACCACGAGUCGCGCGCGGUGACGCAGACGUACGGCUUCUACACCGAGUGCCAGCGCAAGUACGGCUCGGCCAACGUAUGGACGUACUUCACCGACAUGUUUGACUUUCUCACGCUGUCCGUGGUGAUUGACGACCAGAUCUUCUGCGUGCACGGUGGCCUGUCGCCUUCGGUGCACUACAUUGACCAGAUCAAGAUCAUCGAUCGCUUCCGCGAGAUCCCGCACGAAGGACCCAUGGCGGAUCUGGUAUGGUCGGAUCCCGAUCCGGACAAGGAGGAGUUUGCCAUCUCUCCGCGCGGUGCCGGCUACACGUUUGGAGCGUCGGUGGUCAAGCACUUUUUGCACCGCAACAACAUGAACCACAUCCUGCGCGCCCACCAGCUGUGCAUGGAGGGCUUCAGCGUACUCUACGACGACCGCCUCAGCACGGUAUGGAGCGCACCCAACUACUGCUACCGCUGCGGCAACAUGGCGUCCAUCCUCGAGGUAUUCCCCGACGGCAGCAAACACUUCAACACCUUCCAAGCCGCUCCGGAAAACGAACGCGACGGUCCCAACCAGCACAACCUCAACGGAGGCCCCACCGCCAACGGCAAGCACGAGGCAGUCGAGUACUUUUUCGAAAAGCAAUUCAAUGUGUACAUCUACGCUGUACGGGCCGCACCCAGCAUCAAUUGGCACUAUGGCGGAGUGGUUAUCGCGUGGCACUAG